AGCGGGAUAGAACGACGGAAUCCACAGUUGAUCGGUUGCUCUCUUAUCGUGACUUUUUUUUGCCUUUAUUUUUUCUUUUCUUCUUUUUUUCUUUUCAUUGUGGGACAAAUUUUGGACUUUCACUAUGUGACGGGGCUUGUGCGUGGCUUUCGCUAAAGCGCGAAUCCAAACCUAAGCGCGUCUGGAUGUUUCGUUUGUUUGUUUGCCUGUUUGUCUCGGUCAGGUCUGGCAUGGAUUGCGCGUAUCGAGUGUCGAGUGAAAGCUCGACAGGUAGAAUGGAUGUCUCCUCCGUAGCGAUAUCUGCGACAGAGGACGUAGGAGUAAAUGGCAGCCCGCGAACCAUGGAAACGAGCCGUACCAGACAUGGAUGGGCUCGUUCCAUGGUUCCCUCCCGUCUGUCAGAAACCAGAUUUGUUCGGGCACAUUGUUUUAUUGUCUUGCGUUGUGUUUCCAAUUUGUUUGGCCUUUGUGGGUUCUUGCUUCUACGGGACCCUGUUGGUGUUCGUGUACCUCUUUCGUAGUAUAUACAUCUAUGGGACCUUCUGUAUACACUACAAUAUAUAUCGUGCGCAGGUCGGAACAACCGAUAAGCCACAUUGGGGUUAAUCUCCCUGCUGG